GGAUCCUAUUAUUUCCAAUAGGGGGACAUACACGAGGUCCGAAACGAAGCGAGGCGUAUGCACGGGGGUCCUGAAAACCUGAAGCGUACCAAGAACCACAGCAGACUACAACAGACCACAACGGACCCGACCAGACCAGGUCGAGCCCAACCAUUGACACCCUCCCUUUCCCCUCCCCCUCAGCCUUGAAGGCUGCAGCCACCAGAUCGUCUCCUUUGAGCAGUAACUUAUUACUGCUGGUCGGACGACCUCAGGCCUCCGGAACAGGACAGGAGGCUCAGAGGUUCCCUUAGCUGGAGCUCCGAACUGCGCUCUGCAAUGCCUCUGCCCAGCAUCACUGGGAUGGAGCCUCCCUUUGCUGACGCUUUUCUGAACUACUCCUUCGCUGACCAGGCCCUCACCAGCACAGAGUUGCUGGCCAGCAGCUCUGACCCAGACUUCAUGUACGAAUUGGACAGAGACAUAACCCACCGGCAGAGCCCCUGUCGGGACAGCAUCACGGGGAUCGCAGACGGAGGCAAGGAAGCGGAGGGCUGUGGGGAUCAGCUCAUGGUUCUGGGCGAGAGUGAGACCGUCUCCAGCAGCCCAGCAUUCGAACAGUGGGACUCCUACUGGGAUGAUGUCACCAGAUACACACGGCUGGCCAGCUGUGACAUCUGGGGCACCAAAGAGGUUGAUUUCCUUGGACUAGAUGAUUUCUCUAGUCCCUACCAGGACGAGGAAGAGAUUGGUAGAACCCCGACACUGGCUCAGCUCAACAGCGAGGAUUCGCAGCCUGUGUGUGAGGUCCUGUACCCACCUGCUGACCUGUUGCUGUCUGUCCCUCAGCCUCAGCUCUCCCAGCUUCCCUGUCACAGUAGGAGAAUCCUGGUCCCUGGCCAGGGAUCGGGCCCCGGAUCGGCACGGCCCUCCUCAAGCUUCACAUCCUCUUACCGUCCAUCCCGCAGCUUUCUACCAGACUUUCCUGAACGCUCCCAAAGAGCCACCAGACCUGUCCCCUCUUGCACUGAGACUAUGGCCAAGAACCAGAGCCUCCUCAGUCUCACGCAGGACCACGGCCAAGCUGAAACCAAGCCCCAGUGGCGAGGAACCAAGAUGGCAGCCCCAACUUCUGACGGCACUAACUUUGUGUGGAAGGCUAAAGUCCGUAUGAGUGCUGUGCCUAGAACUCAGCCCGACACGCCCUCCCAGACAAAUUUUGUGAAGUCAGGUCCGCCUCUACCUCUCUCGCAGCCAGAAGACGAGAAGGCCUGCACUUCGGCGAACGCCACCAUGGUGGUAAUUCCUGUUUCUGCAGCCAGUGGCUCCGCCAGCCUGACGAGCUUUGAGAGGAAGGAGGUGCCUCUAGGCUGGUCUGCCUCCGUGCCUCAGAUGGCUGAGGCGAGCCAGGCCCUGGAGGGCAGCACGUCUGGGCUGGUCAGCAGCGACGAUAGCAUGGCAGGGGCUAGCGGCGGUGGCAGCGGUGAGGCCGAUGACGGGGAAGAGAAGAGCAAGGAGAAGGAGCACAACUACUCUCUGUUCCUGACCCGCAGCAGGCUGGCCGACAAAGCCUGCUGCAAGGUGGAAGAGGAAGAGGAAGAGGAAGAGGAGGAGGAGGAAGAAAAUGAUGAUGAGGAUGAAGAAGAAGAAGACGACGAGGAGGAAGAGGAGGAAGAUGCGGAAGAGGAGGAAGUCGAUGGGCUUGAGUUGGAUGACGAAAACCACGACGAGGGUUUCGGCAGUGAGCACGAGCUGUCUGAGAACGACGAGGAUGAGGACGACGAGGAGGAGGAGGACGAUGAAGACUACGAAGCUGACAAGGAUGACGACAUGAGCGACACCUUCUCCGAGCCCGGUGAAGGCUGUGACAUGGAGCUAAUGGAGGACAUAAAAGGCCUGACAGCAGGAGUCUCCAGUCGGAAGAGAGGCAAGCGUCGCUACUUCUGGGAGUACAGCGAGCAGCUCACCCCCUCCAAACAGGAACGUAUGCUUAAGCCGUCUGAGUGGGACAGACACACGCUGCCUAGCAACCUGUACCAGAAGAACGGGCCUCUCCAUGGAAAGUACAUGCUGAAGAAGUCUCGCCGCACCGACGUGGAAGACCUGACCCCCAAUCCACGCAAGCUGCUGCAGAUCGGCACCGAGCUUCGCAAAUUGAACAAGGUGAUCAGUGACUUGACGCCCGUCAGCGAGCUGCCGCUGACCGCACGGCCGCGGUCGCGCAAGGAGAAGAACAAGCUGGCAUCCAGAGCUUGUCGUUUAAAAAAGAAGGCCCAGUACGAAGCAAACAAGGUGAAGCUCUGGGGACUGAGCACGGAGAACGAUCGGCUGCUCUUUGUGAUCAACGCCAUCAAGGAGGAGAUAGUGGCCCGAGUGGAGGACUCUUCUCCGCGUGCGACCAACAUGGCCGACACUCUGGAGCAUCUCAUCCAGAAGACACUCGUGGCAUCACCUGUUGCUGGGCAGACUUCAGAUUUUGUCAACAAGAUCUUGGAGACCACAGGACGCGGUGAUCCCACCGGCGGACUGGUCGGCCUGCGAGUCCCGACCUCCAAAAUGUAGACAGACUGAGAGCAGUGGACUAAAUAUUUCCACCGUGCUGUCCCAUUGUAACUCUGCUCCCUGCUGCAUGCCCCCUCCAACCCAGAGUACAUACACAUUGUUAGUCACACAAACACACAUACUGUGUGUAUGUAUGUGUGCUUGUUUUAGCCAUGCACCUAAAAGGCUUACACCUUAGCUUACUGUCUCUGCACACUGCGCAGUGUCAGUGUGUCACUGUCUCCCAACCCAUUGUCAGCGUCUGUUGGGAAAAGCACCUCUAACAGCAGGGGAUGGUUAGGUGUAUAGCUAAUAGCACGUCCUAAAUCCACUGGUGACUAUUAGAUGUGUUUAACAUAGUGUUGUAUAGGGUCGAUUCUGUCGGCGGUUUGCUUCCAGGGUUGAUACAGAGACAGUCCCACGAGAGUAACCACUGGAAUACUUCCACACAGUUCAUUUGAGGUUGUAAUGCUAGAGGAAGAAUUGUUACGCGUUAGACACCAUCGAAGAGUGAAAAAAGUUUCCAGUUAUCAUUUCCUACUACUUACGUGGCAACAAAAAUGAACUCCAGGAUGUUGAAUUGAUCCACAGCUUUUGGUUGCCGAGGCAGCUGCGGAGGAAUCAAAAAGACUAAAAUGAACGAAGGGUGCUCCGAGGCGUUUUGGGGUGGCAGGAAGUAUUUUGUAUUGAAGGCCUAAAUAUGUUCAUGCCAUCCCCCGUUUGCCAAUCAGGUCUGCUGUUGUUAAAAUGUAGGAGUUCACUUCUUUUUAAAAAAAAGUAAAGCUCGAAAACAAAAAAAGCAAUAGAAGCUUAAAGUCAGAAUUCGACUUCAACGACUAAGCGACAGACGUCCUGCGGUUCGCGGCAGGCAGGAUGAAGCGUAACGCCUCAUUUUGACGACGUGAACUUAAACAGCAGGAGGUGGUUGGCCAUGUGGUGUGGGAAGGGAAUGUAGUUUGGUGCUUUUGGCCUUGUGCUGGUUAUAACUGGACCGGGUGAAACGGGCAUUUUGCCAGAAUGAGAGCAGACUGUGAGGAAGAUAGUUGUGGUGAUGAAGAUGACAAACAGUGAUCCAUCUCCUCUAGGAAACUGUACACAAAAGUGUCUCCCAGUGAAAAACGGCACUGGCUCCUCUUUUUGUACAGCAGAGAUGUUCAUACUCGUGUUUGAUCAGAGUUCUAUUCAUUGUGCCUUGUGUAUGUAUGCGUGUGUUUCUGUAAGUCUGAGUGCGUGAGAGGGACUGACCGAGAAGAGGUGAUGGGUCCGAACUCCCCGAGGUCCGGCCAAGGAGCGGACAGCUUUACACUGAGGGAGAUUGUUAAUGAAUGCGAGGAGGGAGACUAUUGUGGGUUUUGCUGUGUUUUUCCGUCGUCUAAAGAUGUUCUGAAUGUACAAAAAUAAGUGGAAGCUCUCGUUGCGCCCAUGCCACAGAGUCUGUGUAUAUAGGAGGGCUGCGCAAUGGAGGAUUUUUGUUUUUUGGUACUUUUGUCUUUAGGGUUCGGGGGAGGGUUGACAGAUAUUUUCAUUUAGAGUUACAAAAAAGAAAAAGAUUUGCACACUAUAUUUUGAUUGUUUUUUGUACCAAAGACACAUGCAACGAAAUGGCGACCAGCCAGUUAAAGUAAAGUUUUGCACAGCUUAACUGAGGCCGUAUUGAAUGUAAGAAAUGUGGGAGGGUCAGGGAACUUCUUAGAACUGUGAAAUUAGAUUGGGUCCAAUUCUGUACAGAAAAGGAAGAUUCUGUUAUUUUUUUAAGAAUAUGAAAAUGAACUCCAUCUGUGGGCUUCUCCAGUAGAUGUGUGGCUUAGCAAGCACUUAAUUCCUGAACGUGUUCCUCCCUCCCCAUGCUAAUUGUUUUUAUGGCUCUAUUUAGGACAAAAACCAAGAGCGCUAGUAGAUAAGCUAUGUUACAUUUUUGUUUGUCAAAAUGUCACCAACAAUAACCAAAACAUGUUGUUCCUGGUGUCACUUGUUUUAUUUCUGUAUGUAGAUGAGGUCUAGUCCAUCAACAAAAUAUUAACUGAGUUGUCUUUUAAAGUACUGUCUAUAGAAUCAUUAAUGCUAUAUCUAGCAAUGGUGAAAUGCCACUUUUCAUGACAAUUUAUUAAUUUUUAAGCAUGACACAUUUCUAAAUCCUAUCCUUGCAUCGAGUAAGUUAGAGGAAAAAAACAAAAACGCAUAAAAAAAACAAAGUUAUUGUUGUAUUUUUGUACUUUAGCUGUCUGCUAUCUUUCCUGUUGGUUUGGAAAUAUUUGUGUGUGUGGAAAUGUGGAGGAAAAAAGGAGAACGGUCUUAAAGAGCAGUCAAUUGAUCUAUAUGUUUGAUAUAUAUAAACGGUCACCUGACCCUUUCGCUAUCAUUUACUGGUUGAGGGAUUGACAGAGAAUCCGGACUGCAUUCAUUUGAAACGCAAUGCAGCAACGCCAUGGUGCACUUUGAGUUGUCUAUAAAGCGAAUGAGGACCUGCUGUCCUUAGCAAGGACAGGGGCAUGUCCAGAGGAGCAAGAAACUCUGAGGACAACAGCAUGUCGACCUGAGGGCAGUUGCUCCAUGAAAGCCAAAGCCAUUCGAGUAUUUCUCAGAUCGAUCUGGAUUCAGAACUGUGCAUUGUGUUCCCCUUUUCCCACAUAUUCCCUUUUUGAAAAUGAAACCGGUUGAAUUAUGCAUUUCCUGGGAUUGACACUGCUGCCUUUGAGGCUGGCCUCACCUUCGGUUUUCAGCUCACAUCCUUCCUGACCAGUCGCAGCCUCAAAGUCUAUUUUUCCCCCCCAAAACAUGCAGAGGUACAAUAUCCAGGCCACAGAUUGGCAGCAUGUCCAACCUUUAGAAAUGCAUGAUGCCUGUAUGCUGGCCUUCUCAAUGUCUCCUCAGAGGAAACACUGCCAUACCCAGGAAUUUUAAAAAUUCAACCAGAGUUUCUCUGUUAGCAGGCGAAUACAAACAAAAAGUACAUGUGUGACAAGGCUGAAUUCAGAUUAGUUUGAAGUGAGGAAAGUACUCCUUCACAGAUAGAACUCUGAUGUCUGCUGAUGGCGAUGCCGAGCUGUGGUCUCUCUGUACUGUGUGACUGAAAAACAGCUAGUGCUGCAAUCUAUAUCUUUUUUACCGAUUUUUGUUUUCUGUCUAAAAAGGGAGAAAUGGUGCUUUUUUCUGAAACUAGGAUGAUUAGUAUCCAUGAUUCUUAUUCGACUUCUUCGUGCUCGUUGUAGCCUAAUGACUUGCCCUCCCCCGACCGUCCAUGGCUAUUUUCUUAGUAGUGAUUCAUUUUUGUAAAUAGAAUAUAUAAGUUGAUAUGUACCUUCUAAAUGUUAGAUAUAUAUGUAUAGAAUACUCUAUCUUAUAUGUUUGAAAACAAAAGCACUUUGUCCAAAAAACAAAAAGAAAGCAUUUUUUUCUUCCAUUUGCUGCUAAAAGGCCUGGUGUGAAUGCUGCAAGUGUACUUGAUGACUACUUGCCAGGAUAGGUCAGUCACCUGACUUGGCUAGGUCUGUGAACUAGCAAGGAAUAGGUGCGCGGCCUGAUGAGGGUCGGGUCUAAAUGUAAUGAUAUGAGGUGCUGUAUGAGCAUGUAUCACUGCUCUGGGAAGCCCAGACGGGAUAGAUUUAUUUCUUGGUCAAGAACUGUGUGGAUAGUGUGUUUGUGGUCUUAUAUAUAUAUAUUUAUAUAUAUAUAUAUAUAAAAAGAGGGUUUUGAUUCCAGGGCCCCUACGUUGAUCUUGAUGCUGACCCCCUUGGUGUCAUGAUCCAUUUGCCUUCAGUAGAGGUUUCCUAUGGAAAAGUUGAUUCUGCUUUGGCUUCCUCUUCAGGGUGAUGUACAGUGUGACACAUUUCUCCAGAGAGCUAUUUUGUUAUCAUUUGUAAACUGAUUUCUACUUGUGACUUAAUGAGGAGAGGGUUUAGCCCGAGGCGGCCAGGAAGAGCCCGCUUUAAAGAUGCUGUUCCGGGCCGCCUCGGGGGAGGUUACUAUAUCACUGUACUGUAUGGCAAGCCAGUUACAAAUGGAGAUCCGGACACUUAUUGCCUUUUUGAACUUUGAACUGACACACAAAACAAAUAAUUACUUAGCAGACAUGUCAGUUGCCAAGGGGUGUGCCUGAGGUUUAAGACAUUGUUUGGCCAAUAUAUUGUCAACAACAACAACAAUAACAACAAAACUAUUCAGCCUGAUUGGCUCAAAACAACCUUGACUGAAGUAGCAGACGUGGUGAAUUAGAUCUGAGAAAUGGCUUCAACACGUUGGCCUACUUGUAUCUUUUAGGACAACUUUUGAAGCCAUUUUUUUAAACUAUAAGUUUGCCGAGGUCUGGUAGGGGGUCGACAGUGGUUAAAGAGCCACUGGUUGGCCAAUAGUAGACCAGCUCAGCGGAGUGUGUGUGUGUGCGCGUGUGUGUGUUUUGUAGACGAUCACAUUGCUGAUUCGAGAGUCCUGACAGGUUUGUACAUGUAACGUGAUAGGUGCAAGCUGUGCAACUUUACAUUCAGACCAGGAGACUCUGUGGCAUUUUAACAGUCAAGGAAAUGAGUGAAAAUGCACGCCAGUUAAACUAUUCCUUUUUCUUUUUCUUUCUGAUGAUAUAAAUCCUAUACUGUCGACUAUUAAGCUAAUAUAGUGUGUAACCUUGUGUGCUCCUCUUGUCCAAUAAAAGCUAAGUGGAUCCAUAAAGCUCUUCAGCAAAUCAGGGUAAUAUCGUUCUAUCUGACAUAUGUGAUGACAUAUAAAAUCAAAAGAAAUAUAUAUUUAUGUAUUCCAAUUAUUGUCGCCAUUCUUUACUCUGUACAAAAUAUUUUGUGUGUGUUAUGAAUUGUUAAUGUCAAUCAAUAUCGUGCAAUGCUCGCUACACCACCUUAAAAAAGGCCAACAGAGUUGGCACAAUAAUUCACAAAGAUUCUCCGCUUUCUCCACGUCGGUAUUCAAACAUACACAACCUGCAACAUGUUCCUCUCGCAAAAGGAUUUUACUCUGAUUUCCCGCCGGGUUCUAACUGGGGUUAGUCACAUGGUGCUGAUUACUUUUCCAAGAAACCAUCCAAUAAUGAAAAUGUCAUAUGUAUUAGAUUGAGCUGUAUGGUUGCUAUUGUUGGGUAUACCACAUUUGUUUAUGUAAAAGUCAGACUCCUUGAUUCGAUACCAUCGGCCAAAGCCACAGAGGAUCUUUAUUCCAUCUGAGAGGUACAAAACAUUCACUUUUGAUUUAAGUAGCAAGUGGAAUUUUAUUAUCAUGUUAAUAAGUUGACGUUGAGAGAGGAAAUAUUUGGUAAUGCUUGAUGUCAUCAUUGUUUUUGUCAUUUUUGACUAAUUUCAAAAGAAGUUUCUUUGAAAGAGAUUUGCAGUUUAGUAAUGGAACUUACAAUUAUUCAAAUUGAGUUGUAGUUGGUGCAACAUGCCAAAACAUAUGAUUCAACAUAAAUACAGAAAACUUUAUUUUGUAUAAUAAGUUUAUAAUUAGUGAAAAGGAAUCAAGAGACUUGUUAGGAAAUUAUUAGGAAAUUAUAAAUCUCUAAAAUGAGUGCCACCAAAUAUUAUCAUCUCAAUAUAUUGGGUUUGUAAAAAAAAAAAAAAGAAGAAAAAAAGAUACAAUUACUUUACCUCCUGUUUGCUGUGGUGUCAUCUGUCUGGUUUUGAGUUUUUUUUCGGGGCAUUUCGAACUUGUCCUGUCUUGUUCGGACCCAUUUGGGCCACCCCGUUUGUCAAUACACCUCAUAUUCAGAGGCUGUAUACUCACUAACCUGCACAUUGUUUCCAAUAGAAUACAAACUGAAAUGUACUCCGAACAAAAAAACAGAGUAGGAAUAAUGUUUGACGAUUUCCUGCAUAGCACUGAGAGAAUCGAGUAACGUUUGGAAUUCUUUGCAGAUCGUGAAAUUAUUUGGCCAAUCAAUGGAAAGUGUCUCCAUUGUUACUGCACUCGCAGUCAAAUGAUUUCACACUUGCUGCAAUUGAACGAGCACAAGAGGUUUUUGGUUAAGUGUCCAUGACACAAUUAGAGUAUUUCAUUACCACACACCCUGUUUUUGUUUUUGUUUUUUCACACCUUUUUCCAAUGACAGUCAAAUGACCAACAGUGUUACUCACCUUGCACUUGGUUUUUGAAUAUGAUGCCUGCUGAACCAGGUGCUUUAAUCAAAUAUAUAAGAACACAAAUCUGCACCUUCUAUCAGUCUGGAGGGGAUACCCUACAGAAACAAGGGACUGGGUUUCCCAAAACCUACACUUGAAGUACAAAAAAGAAAUCAUUUAAAUCCCAAAUCAAUAGAUUUUGUCCAAGCAGCUUUAAACAGCCGAUAUGCUGUUUGUCGUGUCUGCGAUGGAUUAUACCUUUUUAACGUGGAACUGAAGAAGAACACAAAUUCAAACUCUAAAUUGAUGUUUUGGGAAACCUGGCUCUGUUUUUUUUAAAACUCUUUCUCUGCCCACUACGUCAUGUUGUGUUUUCUGUAUAGUUUGCUGCUACUAUAACCGCUGGUGUGUCCCGUGUAGAGAAGAGCAAACUUCCUCUGUGUCUGAGGCCGAGGGGACACUUGGGCCUGCUUUUGACCGAGUCAAUUAAAUUGCAUUUGUCUUC